GGUCUACUUUUCAGAAUUCAGUAAAAAGCACACUCGCGGCUCAGUCCCAUCGUCCUCCUGCUCCCGCCGCCGGCCGCUUCCUUCUCUCGUUUCCAUGAAUUUCUCGCCGUAGCCUCCUCUGAUUCUGCAUUGUAACACUACAAUGCGCUCGCCACUCAAAUCCAGAUCCAAAUCCGAUUCUAUUUCGAAAUCCAAAUCCACUUCCAAGUUCAGAUCGCUGCCGAUCGUUUCACACGGAAAUGUCACCGCCGAUCACACUCCGGUUCCUCUGGCUGUUUUUGACCCUAAAAUGUCAAGAGAGACUUGUUUGAGGAGGUCGCCGAGGCUCUGUCCAAGUCCCGUGCAUGUUCGUCUGCAGAAUGUGGGUAGGAAUCGCGUUACAAGAACUCGUUCUGAAUCUGCUUCUGCUCCUCCGGGUUUGCGUCUUGGAUUGUUAGUGAACGAGACGCUCAUGAGGAGGUCGCCGAGACUACAUCCCGCCCUAGCUACUGGAAGUGUGGAUGAAACUGGUAAUUUACCCCUAAUUAAGAAAUGCAGAAUGUUGUUGUUGAUGGAUGCUAAUGACUUGAGAAGGUCGCCGCGAUUUAAUGGGUCCGGGACUGGAAGUAGUAAAGGAGAGCCGGAGCUGUCCACAAAGACGGCGUCGAAGAAGAGAAAGAGCAGCAUUUCGGAAUCAGCGGACGCGAAGUUCUUGAGACGUUCUCCUCGAUUCGACUCGGUUAAAAGCGACGAACGGGAAUGCGGCCUGAAUCAGGGUGAAAAGGCUACUAGCCAAUGCUUGACAUAUAAAGAGGAGAAAGAUGAAGUAGUUAAAAAUUUGGAGGGCAUGGAACAGAAGGCCAUCAGGAGAUCUCCAAGAUUUUCAUCUAAUGAACUAGAAAAUGAAAUUAGAUGUCAUAUAUCUUCAUCAAAGAAGAGUUCCUCAAGGAAGCUUGCAUCUCUUAAGAAAGACAGCGUUGAUGCAUUAUCAUUGACAGUCUACAAUGCUGAAACGGAUUCAUCAAGAAAACUAGACGCAGAACAAUUAUCUUGCUCAAAGCAUGAAGAGAUAUAUGAAGCAACAGUUUCUACGAGGUCAGAAACUUCAAAUUUCGGAGUAGAAUUAUCUCACAAGAUGGAAGCUGAACCAUCACCUGUCUCUCUGAGUAAAAAUUAUGAAGAAGAGCCUGAACUCUUCUGUGGCAACUCUUAUUUCAUUGGUGGGAGGCUUUUAAGAAGGUCUCCAAGGCUUUUCUCAGACUAUAAAGAUAGUUUCAAUUGCAAUGUAAAUUAUUGUACUGGAUUCAAUAUGAAAAAUGACAAGCCAUUAAGUAGAUCUCCAGGACAGUCAUUAUCUUCCUGUGGAAAUGAACAAUCCAAGUCACUAGAUAACCAAACAUCUAAAAUGAGACAUUCUCCACAAGUUUCCAUAUUUGCUUGUGGGGAUGAAAAUAGUAAAAUCAGACGUUCUUACUCUGAAUUUCUAGAGUCAGGUGUAAAGUAUCCUCCAGGGAAAAUUAGGAAUGCUACUUGUGUUAAAAAGGAAAAGAAGAAAAGCAAAACGGCUAUUUUCUUUGUUGGAGAUCCAGUUCCUGCUGAUGAGGCUCAGCAGAGAUGGAAAUGGCGCUAUGAAAUGAAGAGUCAAAUUUCUAAGGGGCAGAGAAUGACUGAAAGUGAUGAUGAUGAAGAUAUGAUCGUGGUUAAUGUGGAUUGCCAUUAUACUCAAGCUAGUAUUGCAAAUACCAUUUUUAGUCUGGGAGAUUGUGUGUACAUUAAGGGUGAAGGAGAAAACGAUCAUGUUGGGAGGAUUAUAGAAUUUUUUAAAACAACAGAUGGAGAUAAUUAUUUCAGAGGACAAUGGUUUUAUAGAGUGGAAGAUACGGUUAUACAGGAAGAGGGUGCUUUUCAUGACAGGAGGCGUUUAUUUUAUUCAACGGUUAUGAAUGACAACCCAUUAGAUUGUAUUGUUUCAAAAGUAAAUAUUACUCGAAUAAAACCCAGGGUAGGCAAGAAAUUGAACUGUGCAUCUUCAUUCGAUUUUUAUUAUGAUAUGGAAUACUGUGUAGACUACUCGACAUUUCGCACUUUGAAGGAUGAUGAAUCCCAUAAGAACAUUGAUCCAACGCCAACCACCACCACGGCAACUUCUCAUGUACCAUCCUCUAAGAACUCUUUGGAGAAUAUUCCCAAGAAGGCUGACUUAGAAUUGCUAGAUCUGUUCUCCGGAUGUGGGGGAAUGUCUACCGGACUAUGCCUUGGUGCAAAAUAUUCUUCUGUUGGCCUCAUUACAAGAUGGGCAGUUGAUAGUCGUAAGUCUGCAUGUGAGAGCUUCAAACUGAAUCAUCCAGAAACACAUGUCAGAAAUGAAACUGCCGAGGAUUUUCUGGACUUACUGAAGGAAUGGGAAAAACUAUGUAGACGUUAUAAGGCCAAUGACGCAGAAAGAACCCGAGAAUCAAGGUCAAAACUAUCUGAUGAUAAAUUGAAGUCCCUUGAUGAUAAACUUCCAACUAGCGAGUUUGAGGUUUCGAGAGUAGUUGACAUUUGUUAUGGCGAUCCAACCAGAUCAGGCAAGCGUGGACUGAAGUUUAUGGUUCAUUGGAAAGGCUAUGGGCCAAGUGAAGAUACAUGGGAACCAGUCGAAGGUUUAAGUAACUGCCAAGAAGCAAUCAAGGAUUUUGUGAACAGAGGUUUGAGACUGAAAAUUUUGCCACUCCCUGGAGAUGUCGAUGUUAUUUGUGGUGGUCCUCCUUGCCAAGGAAUCAGUGGCUAUAAUCGCUUUAGAAACAUCGACUGUCCUAUGGAUGAUGAACGAAAUCGCCAGAUAGUUAUGUUCAUGGAUAUUGUGAAAUUUUUACGGCCUAAAUUUGUAUUGAUGGAAAAUGUGACUGACAUUUUGAGAUUCAAUCAAGCUUCUCUGGGAAGAUAUGCAAUGAGUCGUUUGGUACAUAUGAAUUACCAAGCAAGACUUGGAACGAUAGCUGCUGGAUGUUAUGGUCUCCCCCAAUUUCGGUUGCGUGUCUUCCUUUGGGGUGCUCAUCCCAGUGAGAAACUACCUCAAUUUCCACUUCCGACACAUGAAGUAAUUGUUAGAUAUUGGCCACCACCGGAGUUUGAGCGAAAUACUGUUGCUUAUGAUGAAGACCAACCCCGUGAACUUGAAAAGGCUCUUCUUCUUCAAGACGCAAUCUCCGAUCUCCCAGCAGUGUUGAAUUCAGAGUCUCGGGAAAAAAUGUCAUAUGAAAAGCCUCCUGAAACAGAAUUCCAAAGAUAUAUAAGAUCAUCUGAAUAUGAGAUGACUGGCUGUGAAACAAACAGCACUAAAGAUUCACUUUAUGACCAUCGGCCACACUUGUUAAGUGAAGACGACUAUUUGCGAGUUUGUAACAUACCAAAGAGAAAGGGGGCAAAUUUCAGGGAUCUCCCUGGUGUGGUUGUGGGGAGUGACAAUGUUGCUCGGCGAGACGCAGGAAAUGAAGUAUUACUGCCGUCCGGAAAAUCAAUGGUACCAGACUAUGCUUUCACUUUUGAACAAGGAAAGUCUAGAAGACCAUUUGGCAGGUUGUGGUGGGACGAAACAGUGGCCACAGUAGUGACUUUCCCAAGUUGUCACAACCAGGUAGCGUUACAUCCAGAACAAGAUCGAGUCCUGACCAUAAGAGAAUAUGCAAGAUUGCAAGGAUUUCCUGAUUAUUAUCGAUUCUCUGGGACUGUAAAAGAGAGAUACUGUCAAGUCGGGAAUGCAGUUGCUGUAUCGGUUUCACGGGCGUUGGGAUAUUCCCUUGGAUUGGCAGUGAGAAGAAUUGGAGGUGAUGAACCACUGAUGGUUCUUCCUCCAAAAUUCUCUCUUUCUAACUACAUUCAAUUUCAAAAUCCACCUGAUAAUGAUACAUUAGUUGUUUGUUUUGCAAUAAUCUCCUAUUCCCAUCUUAGAAUUCUUUAUGUUAUUUGACAGAAAUAUAGGAUACUAGUCAUCCUAUUUGUUCGGCAAUAAUCUUAUAUUUGUAUCGGAUGAGUAUCAAGAGAUACCGAUGUUUGUUUGAUAGGAAUGUAAAAUAUUACGUAUCCUAUAUGUUUUGGAGCAAAU